AGAAGACUGAAUCGGAUAGUUGAGGCUUGUUACUCUAAAAGAAAUUCUCGAUUAAUUUUUUCAAUUUUGCUUUGGAAAGCAUGGGAUAAUGAAAAUAACAAUUAUACUGUGAUAUUUAAUGAAAUAAAAUGAAUGAAGAUGUGACACAUCAGGUUGUUCGACGACAGCGACCGAUUUUAGGUAUUUUGGGAGUUCGAAGGUCAACAAAAGUUGAGCCACAAUUUACAAGUUCAGAUGACUCAAUUGGAACUGAUCAACAUGCAAUAUCAGACAAGAAAAUUCUCUUAGAUAAUGAGAGUACAAGCAACAAGAAAGUUCUUGAGAGAAACAAAACCUUCCCCAAUUUAAUAUCAGAAUUAAGUCCAAAAAACACGAAAAUUGAAGCUUCAAGUAAUAACAACAACAGAUUCAGCAUUUGUUGUACAACUGUAACAGCCACAAAUGGUGCUGUAACUUCUGAUUCGGGAAAAGAAGGAAUAACAAGCAAUGAGGAUGAACAACAGAAGAUUCCCACAUCACCUCGUGCUCUUCCUUCACAAAAUGCUCAAACUUUCAACCUUCCAUCACAUCAAUCGUAUCCAUCACCAAUCCUUUUAUCUUGUAGAUCAAGAUUUCGUGAUAAAUUUCAACCACCUGACUAUGGGCAAUUCAGUUCAUUGAAAGAUCACAGUUCAACACCAGAUAUUCCGAAACAAGCAGAAACAAUUGUUGAAGAUAAUAAGAAAACUGGAUCUUACGAUACGAUGACAACUACAAAUCAGAGAUCUGAUCUUGUCACAACAAAUUCAUUAGCGAAGAAUACGUUAAUGGCUGGUCAUGUCUUUUAUUUAAUUCCAACUGAGAAAGUACGUCAAAGGAAUUUCCUUCAAGGAAGGUCAGCGUCGAAUUCACUUCUUGGAGCUGUUGAACUUGAGAAAGCUUGUCCCAAUCGAGAUGUGACGAUCUUCAUAGGAAGUUGGAAUAUGAAUGGUCAAAGUCCGCCACGUCAAAUGAGUGACUUCAUUUUACCAAAUGCGCUUGAACAUCUUCCUGAUUUAGUCGUGAUUGGAUCGCAAGAAGCUUGUUCAGACAAGUUCGAAUGGGAAGUGACACUUCAAGAAACUCUCGGACCAUCGCAUGUUCUGUUCCAUUCAGUGAGUCUUGGGACGCUUCAUCUUGCAGUAUUUAUUCGACGCGAUCUCAUCUGGUAUUGCUCUGAACCUGAAGAUGCUUCACUCUCUGUUCGACCUGGCUCACAUUUUAAGACGAAAGGCGCUGUUGCAAUUUCCUUCUGCCUCUUCGGCACGACAAUGCUUUUCGUUACAAGCCAUCUUACUGCUCAUCAACAAAAAGUCAAAGAACGUGUUCAAGACAUCAAACGAAUCAUUCAUGCUUUGGAUCUUCCAAGAAAUCUCAACAUUCGUCAUCGUAAUAAAGACGUGACACAAAAUUUCGAUUCUGUUUAUUGGUGUGGUGAUUUGAACUUCCGCUUAAGUGAACCACGAGCGAAUCUAUUGAAAUGGAUUAAUGAGACGCAAUUUCCACUCCCACCUCAUCUUCCACAUGGAUAUUUACACACUGACCAAUUGACGACAGUUCUUGCUGAUGGUGCAGCAUUCAAAGGAUUCAAAGAAGCUAAAAUUAACUUUCCACCGACUUACAAAUACGACGUUGGAACUCAACACUUUGACACGUCGUCAAAGCAACGAGCUCCGGCUUAUACCGAUCGAAUUCUUUACAAAUAUAAAUUACCACCUCUUGGUUUUCGUCGUGCAAGUACAUUGACAACUGAUGGACGUUCAAACUCACCUCAAUCGCCUAUUAAUUGUAUUGCUUACGAUUCAGUUCAAAGUAUCGUGUCAUCUGAUCACAAACCGGUUUGGGCGUUGUUUAGAAAUACUUUACGUCCUGGAAUUGAUUCAAUUCCACUCGCAGCUGGAAUGUUUAAUCGAGAAGUCUACAUUGAAGGUAUCAAGCAUCGUUUGGACAACAGUCUUGCCGAACAAUCUUCAGCUUGUGUCAUUCAAUAACCAUCAAUUUGAUUAUUUUCAACCUUUCUAGUCAAUUUUACUUUUUAAUUUUUAACCAAAGAGAACAAACACAAAUACUCGACGAUCACAUUCCUUAUAAUGAAAUAUUUAAUUGGUUGUUGAUGUCCAUCUUUAAUGUAAUAUUGUGUAUUGAAAUAACAUGAAAGAAAUGAAUCAAAGACAAUAUUCUAAUGAAGAAUCUCAUAUCACGAUAGUUUGAUAUGUAAAACACUUUACGUGCCUCCAAGUAAAGAUUUAAAAUUUUUAAACAUUCAGCAAAUGGUGCAAAUAAAAUUUGUGACCUUUGAAGAAUGAGAAACAAAACAAAAAGUAAUUAACAUAUCCAUUAACCAAUUUAUACAUCAGAAUUUCUGAUGGCUGUUCGGUUGUCGAGCUUAAAUUAUAAUAAAAUUUAUGCAGAGCUGGAAGUUCAAAAGUUUUUGAAUGGAAGAUUAGUUUUUAUAAUGAAAUAUGAUAAAAAAUUGAUUAGCGAUUUAAAUUUAACAAACUUUAAAUCGCUCAGCUCUGACCGCAUGGUAUUUGUUAAUGCUACUAGUCAAUACAAUUCUAGUCAUCCUCAGAAGAUUGAGAAGAGAAAUAUUUUUGAUUCUUUAGUAAUUUAAUAUAAUUUAAUAUUAAUUAUGUGUCCCAGUUAGAUAAUUUUUGCCAAUUUAAAAAGCAUUAAAAAUAAUUUUUGUAAAAUCAAGGAGAGUGCCUGGAAUUUGAUUUAACUUGAUUAUUUAAUUAAUUAUAAAUUAUUUUGUGCAUUCGAGA